GAGAACAAAAACCCCAUUUUCUCUAAAACCCUCGACAGUAAAACCUCCACUGUCUAUCGUCUCCGCCUCUCUCCGGACGUUCUCCGUUUCUCUAGCAUCAUUUCCUCUCAAUGGCUUCAGCGGCUCUCCGGCAUCCUAGUUCCAAACGCCUUUUCCCAUGCUCUUCUCAAAUCUACUGGUGCUGUAGAGGAUCGGAAUCCACUCAUUUCUCAAUCUCCAAUUCUCUCUAUGCGAAUGACACAACCUCUGUCUCAGCUGGUUCUUGGUGGAGAUCCAUGGCCACCUUUACUAGAACUAAACCUCAUGUUAAUGUGGGGACAAUUGGACAUGUUGAUCAUGGGAAGACUACCCUUACUGCAGCAAUCACAAAGGUUCUAGCAGAAGAAGGCAAAGCAAAGGCUGUAGCCUUUGAUGAAAUUGAUAAAGCCCCUGAAGAGAAAAAGAGAGGAAUUACAAUUGCAACGGCUCAUGUGGAGUAUGAAACUGCUAAACGUCACUAUGCCCAUGUUGACUGCCCUGGACAUGCAGAUUAUGUAAAGAACAUGAUUACUGGAGCGGCCCAGAUGGAUGGUGGAAUUCUAGUUGUAUCCGCUCCCGAUGGGCCCAUGCCACAGACAAAGGAGCAUAUUCUGCUUGCUCGUCAGGUCGGUGUGCCAUCACUUGUGUGCUUCCUGAAUAAAGUUGAUGCAGUUGAUGAUCCAGAGUUACUAGAGCUUGUGGAAAUGGAGCUCCGUGAACUGCUUAAUUUCUACAAGUUUCCUGGAGAUGAAAUUCCCAUCAUUCGAGGAUCAGCAUUAUCUGCUCUACAGGGAACAAAUGAAGAAAUAGGGAAAAAGGCCAUCUUGAAGUUAAUGGAUGCUGUGGAUGAAUACAUUCCUGACCCUGUGAGGCAACUAGACAAGCCUUUCCUAAUGCCGAUAGAAGAUGUUUUCUCAAUUCAGGGACGUGGAACUGUUACAACUGGACGUGUUGAACAAGGGACCAUUAAAGUUGGUGAAGAAGUUGAGAUUUUGGGGUUAAUGCAGGGUGCUCCUCUAAAAACAACAGUGACAGGUGUUGAGAUGUUUAAGAAAAUUUUGGAUCAAGGACAAGCUGGUGACAAUGUGGGUCUUCUACUGCGUGGUCUUAAGCGAGAAGAUGUGCAAAGAGGACAGGUGAUUGCGAAGCCUGGAACUGUGAAAACAUACCGGAAAUUUGAGGCUGAGAUAUAUGUCCUUACAAAGGAUGAAGGUGGACGUCAUACUGCCUUCUUCUCCAACUACAGGCCACAAUUUUACAUGAGGACUGCAGAUAUCACUGGGAAAGUGGAGUUGCCUGAAAAUGUUAAGAUGGUUAUGCCUGGGGACAAUGUUACUGCAACUUUUGAGCUGAUCUCACCCGUUCCCCUUGAAGCAGGACAAAGGUUUGCCUUGAGAGAGGGAGGUAGAACUGUUGGAGCAGGUGUGGUGUCUAAAGUGAUUAGUUGAGUGUUUGAUGCCAGAACUUUUGUGAUUUUUGUCUCCUUGUUCGUUAAAAGAGCUCUAGGUAAGAAGACCUGAUUGGAAAAAGAUAAUGCAGUGCAAUCAUUUUUCUAGGUAAGAAGACCUGAUUGGAAAGAGAUAAUGCAGUGCAAUCAUUUUCUUACAGUCUGCACUUGAUGCAAUGCGGAUUCUAGGCAUUACUGAGGAGACUGUUAGUGAUGGCAAGAAUUUGUUAAUUUGAAAAAAUGAUCAUCUUCAAGUACUUCAUCCAUAGUGCAAUGGAUCAAAAACAUACCUUGAUCUUUUUCCUCCGGCAGCUUUACGUGAUAUUUAAAUAAUAUUCCUUUCAUAUUGUAUUACACAAGUGCCACUAACUCGUUUAAGACUUUUCCAUGUCAAAGUUUUUUCGUGGUUGUACUGGGAGUGACCUAUCCCAAUGACAAGCAUAAUUUAUGGAUAAAAGUUCGAAUAGAUGUCACGCAAUUUUGAAAGAAACACAAUUUACACGUUGAGGGCCCGUUAGUAGUUUGCCUGCAAUUUGAUUCGGUACCUCAAUCUGCAGCUAUGCCUAUACUGGCAAGAGUAAUGCAAUGCAAUGCAAAUUCUAGUUCUCACUGCACAGAUGGAAAUUACCAAGAUUCACGCUUAUGAGUGGCCUCUGUAAACUAUGUUGUUUCCAUGUAGUCAACUACACUCGAUGAACUCGUGCAGCCGUACUGGUGUGCGCACGGUUGACACGCAGUUCGAAUCAGAAAUAUAUGCCUUUAUAAUAAAACUGUCGGCUGAAAUUGUUCCGGCAGGCGGUGGAUUCACAAGUACAACGCCUGGAUCAUCGGUGGAUUGCAGCUCCAUAUCAAUUUGCCAAUAAGCAGCGACUUUUCCAAAACGAUGGCCAACGCUACAAAAUUCAGUUAUAGCAAUUAUUCUUCUUCUUAAAAGGGGGGUUGGAGGAGAAUCCUACGAACUUCUAACUUAAACAUCCAAAAGCGUAGUCAACAUUCCAUGCAAAAUUUGUGUAGCAUGUUCAUACUUAUUUGUUCACUUGCAAGUUAUUUAGGG